AAACAACCUCGCACAGCCCCACAGACGACCCUUCCCAACCAGUCAUUAUCACCAACUGGGGCAGAUUCUCCACGACGUACAUACUCGGGUACAUGGGUAAUUUAUUGCGAUAGAUACUUAUCGACCCAUUUUGUGAGGCUUUUUGGUGCCGAGUGACGCCGUUCACGUGGUGGUCUGCGCGUCGUCAUCCCGUCUCCCCGAAACCAAUGCUACCUUGCGUGCUUCCUUGAAAAAGAAAAGGUUGAAUUUCCCCAUGGACUGGAGACCAAUCUGUGAAUGAAGAAACCAGCUGCCGGUCGGUUGUUAAAGCAUGGCUUCGUCACACGCCCAGGAGGAGGAGGGCAUUACGAAUGAGAAGGCUACGAACGAGCCUCUGCUCUCGUAUGAAGAAAGAUAUUCAACGUCUUCACUCGACUCGGAGGAUGAUGCCAUUGAAGAUGAGGCGCUGCUUAAUAGCGACUUGCCAGAAGUACGAGACGGUGCCGAGGCUGAAGCCGCUGAGCCGUUCCUUGCAUUUGAUGAUUUGCCAGACGAGGAUAGAAAUAUUUUAACGUUUAGAGCUAUUCUUGUUGGUCUACUUUGCGGUGGGCUUGUAAAUGCUUCCAAUAUAUACCUCGGUUUGAAAUCAGGAUGGACAUCCGGAGCGAAUAUUUUCGGAUCCAUUGUUGGGUUUGCUGUAUUAAGAUCAUUUUCUAAAUACUGUAAUGGUAUCCCCCUCCUUGGAGGAGAAUUUGGGCCACGAGAGAACAACAUUGUUCAAACUGUUGCAACCGCUGCAGGAGGACUCAGCAACGUUUUUGUCUCCGCUAUCCCUGCCAUGUACCAGCUGGAUCUGCUACAAACGCCAUUGCAGGACUUUUGGCGGAUAACGAUACUCACCGCUAUCGGAGCUUAUUUCGGUCUCUUCUUCGCGACUCCCUUGAGAAGCUUCUUUGUCAUUCACGCCGCACGAGAGUUGCAACUCAUUUUCCCGUCAUCGUAUGCUACGGCUACUACCAUUCGAAGCAUUCAUUUGGCAGUAGGCGGCGCAGAUAUGGCAAAGCAGAAAAUGAGGGCGCUAUCAUAUGGUUUCGGGUAUGCGAUGAUUUGCCGAGUUCUAUCUCAAUUUGCAGUUGGCAUUCUAUGGGAUUGGCACCCAUUUACCUGGCUCUAUCUAAUUAGUGGCUCCAAGGCUGCAUUGGCGUUUGAAAGCUGGGGCUGGUUUAUUGAGUGGACUCCUGCCUUCAUUGGAUCCGGCAUGCUUGUUGGGCUGAACGUCUCCUUAUCCUUUGUUGGCGGCAGUGUCCUAGCUUGGGGUAUCAUUGGUCCAAUAUUAGUUAAUAGAGGGAUUGCAUUUGGGCACCCGGCUGUGUCUAAUAACCAAACAUGGGAUGGAUUAAUGUCAUACUCCAGUCUCUCGGAUGAGUUUGCGUCUGCGAAUCAUCCAAGCCCGAGGUAUUGGUUAUUAUGGCCAGGUAUUACGUGUAUGAUAGCUGUCUCGUUCACUGAGCUUGCCUGCCAGUGGAGAAUCUUUAUUUUAUCGGGAAAAGUUCUAUACAGAGGCACAUUAAAAGUCUGGGCACGAGUGACAAAUCGAAAUGGGCGUGAGGCUUUUACGGAAAAGUAUGACGACGAAGACAGCAACAAAACCAUCGACCCUGCUUCACGAGAUGAGCUGGUAGCAACGUGGAUGUGGUUACCUGGAUUACUGUUUGUGCUGAUUAUGGCAUGCGUCGUCAUGAAAAGCCAGUUUGACAUGCCAGUAGGCGAAAUCUUAUUGGCACUGUUUCUGGCGUUUUUCUUCUCCUUCCUCGCUAUACAGUCCACGGGCGCUACAGAUAUCACACCUUUGACCGCUGCAUCGAAAGCUUCUCAGAUCAUACUUGGGGCAACAACGAGUGGCCAAGGCUGGACUUUACAACAAGCGCAGAGGUUAAACCUCAUUGGGGGGGCGCUUGCAAGCAUUGGAGCAAAUCAAGCAGCCGACCUUACUGGAGAUUUCCGGGUUGGCUUUCUCCUCCGAACCUCUCCGAAACUUCAAUGGUUUGCCCAGAGCAUAGGAACAUUCGUUGCCGUCUUCCUCGCUCCCUCAAUUUUCGUCUUGUUCGCUACGGCCUAUCCCUGCAUCUUAGAUGCAUCGCCGGAUACCUGCCCUUUUGCAGCUCCAUCAGUAUCUGCGUGGAGAGCCGUGGCCAUUGCAGUAACAAGCUCGGAUUUUGUUAUCCCUUCUUCGUCGAAGUGGUUCAGCAUAUUAUUCGCAGUCUUCGGGGUUUUUAUGGUGUCAUUGCGGCAUUGCAUCUGGACUGGGCGUUGGGACUGGGUGAGAGCAUAUCAUCCAAACAUGAUGAUUAUCAGUCUAGCCUUCCUGUUGCCAAGUACUGUCUAUGGGACAGCGAUGUUCGUUGGAGCUGGUUUGGCAUGGGCCUGGAACAAGAAAAGUCCACAGUCAUAUGUGAUAUUUGGGAGUGCUGUUGCAGCUGGAUUCAUGGCUGGCGAGGGAAUAGGCGGGGUUAUCAAUGCAGCGCUGACUGUGAUGGGUGUGGACUUUGACAAGAUUGGGACGAGCUUUUUAUGCCCCGGGGACAAGUGCUGAGCGGUUAUUCACAGAGACAUAGACUCUAUCAACGCCUUAUUAUGGCUAUGGGUUGAUCCUACAAUAUACAUAUCCGUAUGUUAUUUCAACCUUCCAACACUGGCCUCGAAUCGAAAUCCGAAGAGGAGGAGAGGUGAAAAUCGAAGAUACCCCGCGCAUUAUAGGUGAUUAAUUCUGGGGCCCUGUUACUUAUGAAAACUCAAAGGUGUUGGUUACGAUUGUUUGACCGUGCAUGGAAUCAACUACUGGGCAUAAAUCCAUAACCCAAGCAGAUUCGAGAAGUCUUGGUGAUCUUGAUCAUCGAUGGGCAGGCGAGUCAGCCGCCCCGCAAAACUCUAUUUGAACCUCGCGAAAAUAAAUAAAAAUGCUUGGCACCAGACCCUGGCAGAGUCAAAAACAAC